AGGCAAUGGUAAUUGGUAUUCCACGGUUGCUGAUUGAUAUUCGUCAUGAGGGAUCACAUCGAGGACUUCCAGCACUUCAACUUCUUCGCAGUGCCUCAGUUAAGGCACUUGAUUGGUUGAAAUCUUAUUAUUGGGAACCUCAAAGCAAGGCAAUUCCUUUUGAACGUGAUGGAAAUGCAAAGGUUAGAAAGAAAAUCAAAUCCAAGCUUCGAGAACUGUCUUUCUGCUUGAAAGCGACCAGAUUUCCCAGUCUAAUAGUCCAAUACUCGAGGGAAAACGUUCUAAGAAACAAGUUUCUAAGAUAUCGAAAUCUCUUGUUCAGUUAUUAUUCUUCCUACUCCUCAGAGAUUGUAGGUGUGUUGUUGGAGUAUUUGUUGGAAGCCUUGAGUUCUUCAGAAUUAGUAGAGCAUACGGAGCAAGUUUCAUGUCCAACCAUAAAUAUUAUUUUGGCUGAUUGGAAGGUUGUCAUACUCAGAUUUUGUGAUAAGGAGCCAGAGUUACUACUGAACCUUUUUAAGGAAGUACUUAUUAUGAUGAGACCCAGGAACAAGUGA